UACAUUCAAAACAUUUUGUUCGUUUUAGUGUGGAUUUUUCAGUUUUCAAAACAAAUCAUUUCCUUCCGAAACAGGUAAACAUACGCUACACAAACGUAUUUACAACGAAUUGUUAUACACAAAAAUAAACUUAAAUGGAUAAUAUAUUUGUAUUGUACUUUGCUAUGGUAAUAUAUGUGCUAGGAUUAUUUAAUGUACGUUGCGAUGACAGUACAACCGGAUGUAAGACUUUGGUAGUCGAUUAUAACGUGCUCCUUCAACUGACGAAACUAGACGAGAAAAUUUCCAAAAUGGAGGCGAAAAUUUCCAAACAAGAGACAAUAACUGACAAACAUGGACAAGAAAUAAGAGACAAUCGUGACGCCUUUGAGAAGAACAAUGCCCAUGGAUCUACGUACAUUCGUUGGGGUCGGACAACGUGUCCUAGUGGAUCUACCGAAGUUUAUAAAGGAUAUACAGCAGGUUCCUUUUAUGAGCAUAGUGGUGCAGCCGCACGUCCGUUAUGUUUAACUACAAAACCAACAUGGCUCUAUUUUACAACAAAGGAAGAACCAGUGGCAAGAAUCUACGGAGCCGAGUAUCAGACACAAAUGUACAGCAAAUGGAGUUAUUUACAUAACCAUGACGUGCCAUGUGUUGUUUGUCGCGUACCUCAUAAUGACGUGUUAAUGGUGCCAGGAACUUCCAUUUGUCCAAAUUCUUACAGUCUACAAUACAACGGCUAUUUGAUGGCGGGCAAGUUCUCACAUCCGGCAGCUACUGAUUACAUUUGUGUUGAUGGUCGUCCUGAAACAAUUGACAGGAGUUAUGAAAACAGUAACGGUUUUUUACUGUACUUUGUUCAAGCAAGAUGCGGUUCUCUCUCCUGUGGCCCUUAUGUACACAAUCGGGAGGUAACAUGCUCUGUGUGUACAUUUUCUUAAACUACUGAAUCUUGAUUCCACAGAUAUAAAACGAUAUGAUUGAUCAAGAAACCCUAUU